AGUGGAUAUGAGUAAACUAAGAACGCUCAAGAACACAACACAAGCUUCACAAAAAUGGCUCUCAAAAGCUAUGAAUAAUUAAAGAAUGAUUUGCAAUGAAAGAGUAGGAGUUGUGAAGAACAGUGCUGUAACGGAUCCGGUAGGUAGGUGCCGUCCACACGGUAGCAUGGUACCGUGCGUACGGUAGGGGGUACCGUGAGAGGCGGUACCUCGGUACCGUGUAGCACAAAAAACUUCAUUCGGUUCUGGCGGUACCUAGUUAGGACGGGGGUUGCUGACCGUCCAGCCUACCGUACGGUACCAAGACGGCCAAACUGAGGUAACGAAUCGGAGCGUGGAACAGUAUCUGCGUGCAUACACCCAAGAGAAACCCACACGAUAUAUGGACGAUGUUGUUGCCGUGGAUUGAGUACGCCCUCAACACCCAUUUCCAUUCGGGUCUCAAAAUGACCCCGUUUGAGGCGCUGUACGGACGGCCACCACUUACAUUCGUGCCAUAUACCCCGGGGGAAAGCAAGGUUUUGGAGGUUGACAAAGUCUUAACAGAAAGGGAUCAACUGAUUCGGCGCUUGCGCGAGCACUUGGGUGGGGCACAGCAGCGGAUGGCCACUGCCGCAAACCGUCACCGACGGGAAAUGGAGUUUAGUGUGGGCGAUUUGGUUUUGUUGAAGCUCCAACCAUAUCGCCAACACUCGGUAGCCCGACGGAGGACACAGAAGCUUGCACGUCGUUAUUACAGUCCGUUCCGGGUACUGGAGCGCGUGGGAAAUGUAUCAUACAGUUUGGAGCUGCCGGAAGGGUCUCGAAUCCACCCAUUUUUUCAUGUGGCACUCCAUCGCCCUUACUAUGGUGCGGUACAGGAGGGAAGCCACCACUCUCUGCAGGAUGAGUUCGUUAGGGGCCAACCCAUCUCCAAGCCAGUGAGGGUGCACGCCAGUCGAAAGAUUUUACAUCGGGGAAAGCUCGUCCAGCAAUAUUUGGUUGAAUGGUCCGACGGUACAAGGGAUGACGCAACAUGGGAGCCAUGCGAGGUGGUUCAACGUUAUUACCCGGAUAUACAGCUUGAAGACAAGGUGUUUUCUCAAGCAGGCGGGAGUGAUACGGUGUACCAGGAGGACGGGUCAGGAGACAUGCAGGUCGAGGAUGCGCACGAGACGGAAAUAGCAGAGACAAGUGACAAGGAGCCGGGGACGAGCGGGGGUUCCAACGGACUGCGGAUUCAUCAAUUGAAGACCGAGAUGCAAAAUUUGCGUCAAAAGGGGCAGUCCGUGGAGGUUUAUUACAACCAGUUCAUCACUCUCUGGAAUCAGUUGUAUGGGGGAAGAGACCCGACAAGGGGCUGCCGGUGUGGAGCAGCCGUGCUUCUUCGUGAUGACGUCGAGAAAGAGAAGACCCAUACGUUUUUGCUCGGGUUGGACGACGAGCAGUAUGGGGGCAUUCGGUCUCAAAUUCUUGGGACAGAACCUAUCCCCGAUAUCAACAGAGCCUAUUCUUUGAUCACCCAGGAAGAACAUCACCAUUCUAUUGUUCGUGCCAGGAAUGAUCGUACAGAUGCCAUGGCAUUCGCAGUCACACGACCUCCUCCACCGCCGCCCAACACUUACCAGUGCACCCAUUGUGGAAAAUCGGGACACACGGUUGAUCGUUGCUAUAUGCUUAUUGGCUUCCCUAACGGUGGAAGGGGUGGCCGAGGGGGACGUGGUGGCUGUGGCAGUACUACCCGAGGCAAAGGAAGAUCCGGCAGAGGGGGGCGAGAUGUCCAGCAGGGUGUUCAGCAGCCAGUCGGCACUGCCCAGGCAGCUGGUGCUGGUCUCGACGCCCAAUUUGACUCCGGGAUGGCUUCGGCAGCCUCUUUGACUCCAGAUCAGCCCGGUCACCAACAACACACCACAAUUCCUUUUGCUGAUUUCCUUGAUCAAACCCAUGUUACUGCCGCCUUACCAAACCCCCAUGCUGACCAUAUUACACCCACUGAAGCACAGCCCACUACCGCACAGCCUUCUACCGCACAGCCCUCUGCCGAACAGCCGCUGGCUAUUGCCGAACAGCCCACUGUCCAAACCAGCCUCACCCCGUCCGUCACGCCGCCCAUUGCCCCGACUGCUUCGCGGCCUCAGCGUGUUAGGCGUGCCCCUCCUUGUUUGUCGGACUAUGUGUGUAACAUUGUCCAUUCUGAUGAUUCCAUUAUUGGUACACCUGGAAAAUCUGUGCGCUCUGGGACUCGGUUUCCUCUCACUAACUUCGUGAAUUAUGAUAAAUUUCAUGACAGGCAAGAGAUAGAGCAAAUGGAAGCCAAAUACACUCAACUGCUAGAGAAGUCAGAAGAAAAACACAGCGCAGAUCUAAAGGAGAUAGGUAAAUCAGUAGACAAAACUCUAGAGACCAUCUCUCUAUUGAGUGAUACUGUGAGCAACACUAUGGAAAUUUAUGCCUCUGACAGUCAACUUCAAUUCAAAGAGUUCAACAAAGUCAAAGAGCAAAUAGCAAGUGUCACAGUUGGUCUACAAAAACAGAUGUCCCUUCUCCAAAUGGACAUCAGAUCAGCCCUAGCAGUAGCUUCCGCAAACCAGGUAGUAAUCAAAGACUACUUGAAAGUGAUCAUUGACAAUCAAAAGGAAGCAUACAAGCUGUUCAGACUUAUUGGUGCACAUACUGGGAACCGCAAGAUGGAAGUGAUUCUCCAACAACACAACCCAUCUCUAAUACCACAGCUCCCUAUUGCAGUCAACGAAGGAGAAGCAUCUUAUAUCCCUUCUCAUCUGAACAUGACAAAUUUGAUCCUUGAAGCACAACAAUGAAAUCCGGAAAACUCAGCACAGCACCUAUCCAACUCAGGACUGGAUGGAACAGAAUUUAUAGGUGCAGUCGUUGACCACUUCUCAGAUGCUGCUCAAUCAGAGGAAAGGCGUGCAAAUUUAAAGCGCAUCAAAGAACUGUGUGGGAAUAUGCAAGGCAUCAGUGAGGUUGCCGGAUCUUCAAAACGCAAAAGGAACUGAAGG